AUGAUAACGCUUUACCAGUACUGGAUCGGUAUUGUAUUCCCAGUACUGAUUGGUACUGUACUCCCAGUACUGAUUGGCACUGUAUUCCCAGUACUGAUUGGUACUGUACUCCCAGUACUGAUUGGCACUGUAUUCCCAGUACUGAUCGGUACUGUACUCCCAGUACUGAUCGGUACUAUACUCCCAGUAAUGGUCGGUACUAUACUCCCAGUACUGGUCAAUACUGUACUUCCAGUACCAAUCAGUACUGGUAAAAUAUUAUUAUCCUAG